CCUGGGGAGGGGGGGCAGCUCCUCAUUGGCUGGGAUGAAAGCUCCCGCCCCGUCCCGCUCUCUCCAGAUCCCCCCCCCCCAUCCACGGUCGCUGUCCAGCCGCCUGGGUGCUGAACCGCCCCUCCCCCACCCCCAGCCGCCCCGACACUGGGACCCUCCCCCCGCAGCAGCCGCUGGGGCAGGGGGCGCAGCGGAGCCAGGAUGAGCGGGGGGGUCUAUGGAGGAGAUGAGGUGGGGGCGCUCGUCUUUGACAUCGGCUCGUUCUCAGUCCGAGCUGGCUACGCCGGAGAAGACUGCCCCAAGGCGGAUUUCCCCACCACCGUGGGGCUGCUGGCCCCCGAGGAGGCGGCGCUGGAGCUGGACGGGGACAAGGAGAAGAAGCCGGGGAAGGUUUAUUACAUCGACACCAACUCGCUGCACGUCCCGCGGGAGAACACGGACGUCCUGUCGCCCCUCAAGAACGGCAUGAUCGAGGACUGGGACUGUUUCCAGGCCAUCCUGGACCACACCUACGGGAAACACGUCAAGUCGGAGCCCGGCCUGCACCCCGUGCUCAUGUCCGAGGCGCCGUGGAACACCCGGGCCAAGCGGGAGAAGCUGACCGAGCUGAUGUUCGAGCAUUACGCCAUCCCGGCCUUCUUCCUCUGCAAGACCGCCGUGCUCACCGCCUUUGCCAACGGCCGCAGCACGGGGCUGGUGCUCGACAGUGGGGCCACCCACACCACGGCCAUCCCCGUGCACGACGGCUACAUCCUGCAGCAAGGCAUCGUGAAGUCGCCGCUGGCCGGGGAUUUCAUCUCCAUGCAGUGCCGGGAGCUGUUCCAGGAGAUGAACAUCGAGAUCGUGCCCCCCUACAUGAUCGCUGCCAAGGACCCCGUGCGUGAGGGGGCCCCCCCCAACUGGAAGAAGAAGGAGAAGCUGCCCCAGGUCUCCAAAUCCUGGCACAACUACACCUGCAAUGAGGUGAUCCAGGAUUUCCAGGCCUCGGUGCUCCAGGUCUCCGACUCGCCGUAUGACGAGCAGGUGGCUGCCCAGAUGCCCACCGUGCACUACGAGAUGCCCAACGGCUACAACACGGACUAUGGGGCCGAGCGGCUGCGAAUCCCCGAGGGGCUGUUCGACCCCUCCAACGUCAAGGGUCUUUCUGGGAACACCAUGCUGGGCGUCGGCCACGUGGUGACCACCAGCAUCGGCAUGUGUGAUAUCGACAUCAGGCCGGUGCGUCCCCCCCCGUCGCUCCCCCCUGCCCUGUGGG